GUCUCCCCACUCGACGCUGCGGGCCGCUUUCGUUGUCGCAGACUCAAUUUUGCGCCUACGGGGACUCCGAAAAAUUGCCGAUAGGACUUCCGAGUAGCAGCACCAAUUUUAGCAUAUUUCAGCUUUCUCUCUUGAGGUAAUCGUCCGUUGUCCUCUCUUCAAAUAAUCCAUCUCCUCGUGUAAUUUUCUGCAUACGAGGUGUUCGACGGAAUUUCCCAUCUGGUAGUGCACCUUUUCCUCCCGUUCUUUAUGUUGCUGUCAGCUCGUGAACUGGUGUUGGGUAAGGUUCGCUGAUAGAAAUGUCGUAGUCCCUUUCAGUUUUUGCCUACAUGCUUUGACGAGAGCUAGUGUUCCUCACUCUCGUUAGGAAGUGUAAUAGAGCAGUUUUCGUGUGCAGAUGUCGUUAUACAUAGGCAAUUUGUCAUCCCGCAUUCACAAAGAUGACCUCGAACGUGUUUUCCAAAAGUUUGGUCGGUGUGACGUACGGAUGAAAGAUGGAUAUGGAUUUGUGGUGUACGAGUUCCCGCCAGAUGCCGAGAAAGCCCUGAAAGCACUACAAAAGAAGUACAUAUGUGGGCAGCCAUUGACGCUCACAUGGUCAAACAAGCAGCCUAGACCAAUCAACAGACAUGGAGGAAGGCCCGUUGGAUGCUAUGACUCGAAGCAUGGUGGAUUCUUUUCAAGAGUUUAUGGUCGGGACAGGUUAGGUUCGCUUGGUCAACAAGAUUAUAGAAUGCUUGAUAAGCAUGAAGACGACCGUGAAAGAAGGUUUCAUUCCGAUAUGGUUGAUGAAGGGACUGCUUUCCUUCACGAUGGCAUGAAAGAUUUUCCUCGUCAAGAGCAUCACAGUUACAGGGAGGAUGAAAUGGUGGAAAAUAAUAGAUGGGAUCUCCACAAUGUGGUGAAUGAAAAUGAUGUAAAUAAUGGAGUAGGAUUUGACAGGUAUGAACCUUACCAGGACAGAAAUGAUUAUGGUAACCCUCAAUUGGACCAUUCCAGCAGGUCUCCCUCUCAAAGAAGCUUCCGAGGGGUUAUAAGGAGAGAUCACAUUGGUGAAGGAAAUUCAAAGCACAAGGAUGCUUGCUAUAGCUGUGGGGGCCUGGGUCACAAAAUGAGGAAUUGUCCUGAGAAAAGUUUUGUGAGGAGAAAGUGGUCCAAGUCUAACCAAAUGGGCGGCAACAAUGUACAUCAGAGAGAGGGAAGUAAAGAUGAGACAGAAAGAUCUAGGGAAAGGGAAACGCUAGGAUCAGGGAGGGAUCUUGUGCGAAGUGAUAGACUUAAGAAUGAUGUGAAAUCAUCUGGCUCAAGGAAGCACAAUGCACUAAAGUAUAACAGCUCUCCAGUAGGAAAGGAAGUGAGCAUAUUACAGAUAAAGGAUGGCGAAAGAAAGAAACAAAACAGGAAAGGAAGUGUAUUACCUAAGACACGUAACGGAAAGAGAGGAAGGUCAGUUUCUUCUCAUCUCGAUUCUGGUCACACGGGAUCCAGAUCAGUGCCUCGGUCCUCAAAGCAUACUCGGAUGUCUUAUGCUCGUUCUAGGUCGAGGUCAAUAUCUUCUAAAGCUCGUUCAUUGUCAUCUGACUCAAGGUCUGGUUCAACAUCACAUAGGUGUAGAACUACUAAGUCGAGAUCACGAUCCAUCUCGCCUGCAUCGUUGUCUUUGUCUGUGUCACUUGGACAACCUUCAUCAUCCCCAAAUAAGGAUCAGUUCAAUCUGAAAGGUUCCUUGGGUGCUUUUAAACCUGCAGAGUCCAGGGAGACCAUGGUUGAGAAGAAACCGUCGGUAGAAGCUGAUACUAGGAUGGAGAUUUCUGAACUUGCAAAUGCAGAGACUGUUGCGAAUUCCAGAAGUCCUGUUUUAUCUUUGGAUAUGGAAAGUGAAGUUAGUAAAGGGAAGCCUCUGCUUAUGGACGAUGAAAUUUUGUCUGCAUCUAUCAAUGAUGCUAUAGACACAAGCCAAGCCCUAACAGAGGAAUAUAUGAGAGUUGCUAUGAGUUCUUCCCCUAAGAGGCCAAUGGAGGUUGCUUAUGAGAAUUCAAAUCCAGUUAUGCAAGAGAAUGAGCCAUCUCAUAUCAUGAAACCAGAGUCUGAACUGGCAGUUAUUCCUGGUACCUCGAAUUCAAUAGCUAUUUCCUCAGAAGAGUUGUGUAUGGUUCUAAAGCAUUAUGAUCUAGAUUUGAAAGAUGAAGAUGCCAGGCAUUUAAGCCCAGAGACUUACUUCGGUUCAGGUCGCUUGUGGCCCUGGGAAAUUAUCUAUUACAGGAGAUUGAAGAAAGGUCCUAUAUCUAUUGAAAAUUAUGCUAGGAGGGUGGAGCAAAAUCAUGAAUUUCGUAUUGUUGACAAGUACAUUAGAAGCAGUAGUGGAUGGGGAGAACUGGACCAAGGGAAUGAGUAGAAGUUUAGUUUCUUAGAUGGAUUUUUGGCGUGUUAAGACUUGCGGGAGACUGACUUUCAGCCAUGCUCUGAGUCUAAGGGGUAUUUAUUUUGAGAAGCUUUGAAAAGGUAAACUCACAGAUGGAGUUUUGAUAUUUGAAGCUCUUAGAACUUAUAUUGUUGCGUUUUAGAGUGGCUAGGGCUGACAUGGAGAGCAUAUGUUUCUAAAUGAAACUGAAAUCAAUUUUCCAACUUUCUCUAAUCUAUCAUUAUGAAUUUAUUGUUUGGAUUAUUCAUUGCUGAUGAUGUUCGUUUGUUGCCACUCACGGUCAUACAGGUCCCAAAUGCACUGUUUUGUUACAUGCAUAUCUUUUUUCUCCAGAGACACUGUAAAAGGAAGACUUAUAGAUAGUAUCAGAAUGAUCAUAUUCUUGUUCUUUUGGGAGUGCUGCCCCCUGCUUCCCAGUUAACUUCAGCUUAUAGUUACAUAGAAAUUUCAAAUUACUAGGCACGUGGAAGCGUUCGUGCUUGUUUCUCCUUCCCUAGGACCAUCGUGAACCGAUCCUGCUAUGUUUAGUCUGUUAUAUCAAACUUGUAACUGUUUCAUGUCUGAGUACAGCAAAGAAAGUUGAGGUGAGUGAAGCCAAAACAUCUAAACUUGCUGUGGGUUGUCCACUAACAUCAGGGUUGAGUUUACCAUGUUUCAGUCUUCCGUAGACUAAUAGCUUAGCAUUCUUCUCUUAGUAACUUCAAAUGACCUUUCUUUUAGUUGCGCUCGGUUCAAUUUCGUAAAACCUGACAUGGACAUAUCUCAUGUUACGAUAAUUCUGGAGUUGAACCCUGUUAAAACAACACAUGAAAGACUGAAGAUGCAUUUUACGUUGCAUACCUUAGCUUCCUUACUUGAGCUUGUAUGCUGAUGUCCUAAACAUAUGGUGUGAUAUGGAAAGCUUUUUUAAAUGGAAUGCGUCAUUGUAUUUGUAUAGACACAAAUCUUCUCACUUGGCUUUAUGAGGCUUUAAGUUUUGUAAUGUAGCAUUUGCAUCUGAAAAAUCUUAUCACGGAAAGGAAUUUUCCUCUGUGAUUAUCAAGUAUUCAAUAUGCUUACUAGGUUUGCAUAUCAAGUAAGGGUUACCUUUCUGGAAAAUGGAGUUCGGUACGCGUUCGACUGUUGCACUUAUUCGUCUAGGUGCCAAAUGUGCAUAAUACAAAGCAGAGGAGUCCACUCAAGCUGAAUAUUGGUCAUAUUUGUACAUCAGCACCAAUAUCUGUCUAUUUGGCUUGACUUUGAGCUCCAAUCUUCAGACUUUUCAUUUAUGACUAAUAAACUAUCACUACUACAGAAGGUAAAGCUACUCACCUAUUAGAAAAUUUUGUUUUUCCUUAUGAUUCUCUACAUAAAUAUGGCGAGUGCAGUAAAUCCUUUGUAUUGACUUUUCUUUUUUGGGAGGCAUUGAUGCACUUGCUGUCGAGUUUAGUUUAUCUGAACUGACCCUUGUACAAUUGGUAGGUUGCUGUUCUAUCUGCAGGUUGGCUGGUGAUCAAAGGAAAAGCAUGAUGCUUCUGAAGGUAACCGAUUUUGUUGAGUUCCCUCAGAACUUAUAAUGAUUCCUACAAGAAGCCAACAUUUAGUCAGACAUGCCUUUGAAUCGUUAUAAAUUAGGGUUUUAUGUAUACUGUAGUAAGCUAGUAAAAACGUAGAAUUGAUGAAAUAAAUAUUUGCUUUGGCAAAUAAGUCGUAACCAUCUUUAAUCUCGCUUCAUGAAGUUCCUUAACGUUGAAGGAAAUACAAGUGGCAAACAUUUGAUUCUGCAGUGGCCCGAGUCAAAUUAGAUUUGCAUGUCAGUUAAACACACCCAUCAUGUGACACACCAUAUACAAACAACAAACAAUUGAACAUGGUGCUUGUGGAAUGUUAUUAUAAUUUAAUAAAUGAUGAUGAUCUAGACUGUGAGGAGACAUCUUUUCACCAGGAUAGUGUGUAGUUGAGUGUAGAAAAGUUAGAUUAACGGAUGUACUUUAUAUUUUUCACCAGAAUCUAAAGCCUUUAUUUUUCAUUGCUCAUUUGUCGCAUUGAUAUACUUGAUUGAAGUCUGAUCACCUGUUGCUUCUAGCCAUGAAUGCAAUAACAGCAAGCCAAAAGAAAUGGUUGCACAGUUGGCUGUUUAACUUUGUUAAAAUUAGAUAUGAUUCGACUGCCUGACUAGCUGACUGAUUUAUUUUGUAUCUGUGAAUUGCUUUCUUAUUCUUUCUUGGAGACAUAAGCACUUGCCCCCAAUCCAACAAGCCAGUGAGUGUUUUUCUAGCCAUGCCCCCAUUCUCGGUAGGCCAUUUUUUUGCAGCCCUCUUGCUCACCUAUUCUCUUAAUGGUUGUGGAUGGCUGUUUCUCGUUAGUUUGUGUGUGCAUGACGAUAUGGCCUUGUUAUUUUCGUUGGACCAUUCUAAGUGCAUGACCUAGGCUUUCUUAGUCUCUGAGUUUCUGUUGGAUGUUAUUUCAGCAACAUAUUGGAGCAUUUAUUGGCAUGAUAUGAAGUAUUUCUGUGAUAUUUCCCUAUUAUUAUAAUCUAACACAGCCUUGCAUAUUUCGUAGACUUUUUUUUACUUCUCUUUUUCUUUUGUUUUAAGUGGUAUGAAUGAGGGGAAAGAGUGCAUGUGAGGCGUUAAAGAAGGGGGUUUGAAAGGAAGAUGGAUGAGAAAACAAGGGAGGGAGAAAGGAAAGGGAAAAUAAGGGAGACAGAAGCAAGAAUUGAAUGAGAUGAACAUGGAGAAGGAGAGAAAGAUGGGAGGGAAGGGAGAAAGUGUUUCACUUACCAGAAUAGAGAAUAGCACCAGAAAGGUAGCAUUUAGUGAGUGAUGAGUAGAGUAGUGAAAAGGAAAGCAAAGGAAGGAACGAAUUGAACACAAAAUAUGAAAAUAUAGAUUGGCUGGCUGAAGGGUUGGGAAUUUAAUUUGUAUUUAUCAUCUUGACGUAAUAGCCCCUUCUCCCCCUUGCCCUUUCAUUAUUCUCAACUGUCUCAAUUACUCUUGCAUUUAUGUGUUUUUAAUGGCCCUUUCAAUCUAAUAUAGCCCCCCUUUUGUUUCAAAUUUCAAUGCUCGACGAACUACCCAAGCCACCUCUAGCUCUCCUCCAUUUACCCAAUUGCCCUUCUCCUUCCUAUACCUUUUACUUUUUAGACUAAUACCCAUCAACUUCAUACCCUGGGAUUACCUGAUAAGUUUUUAUAUCUGAGAAGUUUGUUCUAGACCCUGUUCGUGAUUCUCACUCAACUGUAGGGUUUAGGGUUUCAAUGGUUUAGUUGGUUAAAGAUGUGACUCGACCUCUAAAUCCUUCUAAACAUUGCUAAUUAUAUAUCAUGUAUCUUUUCUGCUUCACUUUGUUUAUUUAUUAUCGUGUAUGGUUUGUCAACUCCAGUCAGCAUUGUAUCUUUUUCAACAGAGAGCAUAACACAGUACUAGGAUAUAGAAGCUGCCCUGUUUGGGGACACUCUCUGCCUUUGUGAUUAGGAAGCUGUCAUCUCUACUCUCUCUCCCUUGGACUGGGCACAUUUGGUCCAUGGGUUGUCUUUUAACAGAAACUCAGGAAUAGGGAUGGCAACAAAACUCGAACCCACGAGUACCCAUCCGACCCAACCCGGUCAACGCGGGUAAAACAUGUGUUGACGGGUUUUGGGCUGGGUUCGGGUUUAAACCCGCUACACUAUUCACCGGGUCGGGUUGGGUUUGGGUUUAGGUAAACCCGUCCCAUGGAUACCCGCCCACACACAUAUAAUUACUUUCUCGGUAUAUUUAAUAUUCUAAAUAAUAUAUCUUCCUUAAACAACUAAUAUUCUUUAUGUUUGUGGAGACAUAUAUAAUUUGUUCUUUCUGAUUAUUUAGAAUGAAGUUGAUAUUAUGAAGUGGAGAGUGAAGAAACUUAGUUGACGAGGAAGAAGAUUUCAAUUAAUCUUAUUGUUUAUAGAUGUUUAUCUUUAAUUUUGAACAAUUUGUAUUGAUCAUUUGCGGUUUGCUUGUAUGCUCUAGAUUGGUGGUUUUUUGUAUGAUUAGUUUGCACGAGAAAAUUGAUGUUAAACUUUUAUUUUGAAAGAAACUUGUUAUCGUAAAUGUUAUACCAAAAAAACCCACGGGUACUCAUGAACCCGCAGAUACCCAGCGAGUUGGGGUUGAGUUUUUCAAACCCAACAGGUUUUAUCCCAGGGUUUUUUUGGCGGAUAAACCCAUAGGUUUGGGUUUGGGUUUGACAAAACCCGCUCCAACCCUACCCAUUGCCAUCUCUACUCAGGAAGCUGUUUUGAAAUUUUGACUCGUAUUUUACAGAACCUGGGACCCUCUUAGAGUCAUAAGUCAUAACGCUGCCGUACUGUCUUUACAACUGCUGCUUUUUCUUUGUUAGAGAAUAGAAGUUUCUAACUUGUGGUUGUGGUCACAGGUUCUACUUUCACUUGCUCAGUGGUUCACCCAUCUUUCGAGGCACUCCCCUAUUGAAGAGAACAAACACAGACAAGAAGG